AUGGAUAAAACCAAGUUCGAAUGCAUAUCUUCCUGGCUAGUUCCGCGAUUAGUGAAAGAGUUGAGAAGUUUCCUUGGUCUCUCUGGCUAUUACCUUAGAUUUAUAAGGGAUUAUGGAACUUUAGCCAGACCUCUUACAGAAUUGUUAAAAAAAGAUGGCUGGGGUUGGUCAGAACAAGAAACUGUAGCCUUUCAAGCAUUAAAAGAAGCCUUGAGUGCCGCAUCCGUCCUGGUACUUCCUAACUUCCAGCUCGAGUUCACAGUAGAUACGAAUGCAAGUGGAUUUGGAAUUGGGGCAGUGUUGCAGCAACAAGGGAGGCCAGUGGCUUUCUUUAGCAAAGCUCUAGGUGUGCGGCAUCAGGCUUUGUCGAUUUAUGAAAAAGAAAUGCUCGUGGUCCUAUUGGCUGUUCGAAAAUGGCAUACAUAUUUGUUUUUGCUCAAGAAAGGGAAGAUCGCCGUGGGAAAAGUUCUGCAGCUGAGGCAUGAGUUGUUUCUCCAUUUUCAUGCUAGUGAGUUGGUGGGCACUCAGCCAUUACCAGUACCUGAUAGAACUUGGUCUAUUGUUAGUUUAGAUUUUAUUGAAGGAUUACCGAACUCAGACAGGAAGAAUUCCAUUCUUGUGGUGAUGGACCAUCUAACCAAGUAUAGUCACUUCCUAGAUCUGUCUCAUUCGUAUACAGCUAAAGAUGUAGCCCAAGAGUACUUGAAUCAUGUCUACAAGCUUCAUGGCAUGCCAAAUUCAAUCUUAUCAGUCAGAGACAAAAUCUUUGUUAGUAGCUUUUGGCAGGAGUUAUUUCGGCGAGAUGGUACUAAACUUCUUUUAUCAACAGCCUAUCACCCUCAAACGGAUGGCCAGACGGAGGUUUUGAAUAGAUUUCUUAAGAAUUAUCUACAAUGCAUGACUAGUGAAACACCUGCGCAUUGGUUUCAAUGGCUACCACUUGUUGAGUGGUGGUAUAAUUUGUCGUUCCACUCCUCGAUUCAACUCACUCCAUAUGAGGCCUUGUAUGGCCAGACUCCACUGAUGCACAUGCCCUAUCUCGUAGGAGCCUCUACAGUGGCAGUAGUGGAUAGAAGUCUACAGGUUAAGGAAGCAGUGAGAAAGUUACUGCAGUUCUGUCUCAGGAAAGCUCAAACUCGUAUGAAGCAUUUUACUGAUAAGCAUUUUACUGAUAAGCAUUAG